CAGGCCAAUCUUUUUAUGGGUGAUACAUAUUUGUGGUCGUCCAGGUCUUUCAUCUUCUCUCUCACACACUACUUUUUUUUUCUCUCUCUCUCUCUCUCUCUCUCUCUCCUCAUUCAUUCCAUGUAGGUCUAUGGUGUCGCCAUAUCCGCAGCCUAUAUUGCUCAAAUCUUGAAGAACCCAACCAACCCACAAAUUUUUCCUGUCUAUUUAUUCUCCAUUCUUUUUGCCCUUUUAAAUGUUUGGGCAUUCUUGCUAAGCUUUUCUUCGAUAUAUCACUGAGCCCCAUCAUCCAUUUCUUCUUCCUUCCUUCUGCGUGCCUGCAUAUGCUUAUCAUCAACAGAUUACACCCAAUUAAUCUUACCAUGGAUAUUCCGACAAGAUAUGUAAUUAAUUAUUAAAUGGGGAAUAUCGCAACGGGGAGAGAUAUAGAAGAAGAACACCCUUCUCUAUUGCUUCUAAUUUCUCCCUCUGUUGUCUCAAUUAUUCUUGCUAGGCAAAUAAAUUAAGGGCUCAUCGGCAGUGUAAUUUUCCUCCUACAAUAUCUAUCUUCUUUCGUAUUUAUCUGGAAAAAAGACAAAGCAGCAGCAAUAAUGAAAGGAUUAUACAAAGGAGUCAAAUAUACACUGUCUCAAAUGUUUGUCAAGGAGCCUCAGCUGGAAAUUGGGUGUCCAACUGAUGUUAAGCAUGUGGCUCAUGUAGGGUGGGAUGGCCCCUCUGGGGGUAACCCGAGUUGGAUGAAUGAAUAUGAAACCGGCCCCGAAUUUGCACAAACAUCCGUCGGUAAUCCUACUUCGGGCCUUCCCACAUACUCGACGUCUCGAGAUUGUGGCGAGUCGAAGCAGGAGCAAUCAUCAUCGGAUAUGGCUGUAAGAUGUAAAGACAUACCCGAAUCAUCGGAAAUUCCUCCUACUAAGAAGAGGGCGAGGAGGAAGAAGUGCAAGCAAGGCUCAUGCUCGGAUACGGGCCCGGUGAGGCAGUCAAGAGCUGCAAAGCAAAAGGUCAAAUUCGCCGAAAAUAAUCCAGAGCCAAACAAUGUCGAAGUUGCAUAAAAAAUUAAUUAACUAUAAAGCUUAAUCACAAAAGCUACAUGCGAAUUCAAGAAAAUUUUAAUAACAAGAAAGGUAGCCAUUACUAAUAAAAUUCCACGCAUGUAGCUGCCUAAAGGAUCGAUCUUUAAUUUUUAUUUUUUUUUUCGAUCGCCAAACCCUUCUCAAUUCAUCGUAGUACACGACAAUGCAACGAAUACAAUCGAUUUUGAGUGUUCUUGAAAGGGAAGGGAAGGGAAGAAAAGAAAAUGGGAGCCUAAUGAUGCAAGGAAAAGGCAAGAAAAAAAUGUGUGUAAUAAUAUAGUUUUGGUUUCUUGAAUACAUUAUUUCCUUAAAUUAGGUCAUAUGAUGCCUUUGUAAUG